AUGAUCAUGUGGCCGAUCUCCAAGGUCGCUGUUCUGCUUCUCAGUCGGACAAAGAAAGUGUGCUUGCUCGAGCAUGGAUCCGAAACCAAGGGCUUCUGGUCGAUUUUUGAGAAAGAUAUCAAGACGGCGUUAGGUGGUUCGCUCAGCAGUGACAUGUCAGUGCAGGGGUCGAGUAAUAAAUCCAUAGCACUUCCUUCUGAACCGUACGUCCUUCAGCAGAUUGCAUAUUCAGAGGAGGAGCUCAAAACAGGUGUGAAGCGUACAAAUUUGUGUUUUAUCGAAGAACAUCGGGUGUACUCACUGAGUAAGAAAGGGACAGCUACCAUGUUGUUCCUUCUGCACUAUGAUCAGACUGUUGAUAGCAAGCUUAAGGAAAUGCCUUUAGAUGCCCUGAUCGAAAGGAUGAGUGGUCCUAUAUUUGAAAGUGGUCCGUACCCAACAACGACAUCUGUUGUUGAAUGCUAUCAUUUACUGCCAUAUAAGGAGAAAAAUAAGCAGGUAGUAAAAGCAAUUGGUGAUAGGGGCACCAACAACUGCAGCACCAGCAAAAACAGAAAAGACAGCAACACGAACUGCAAAAGAAAGUCUGAAGCCUUCAAGACUAAAGUUGCUACCUACGCAGAGCAUGGGGGUGGUCAGAGCCCCACAAAAGACUUACAAGCCAGUGUCCAAAUGGAUAACAGAACAGAGAACUCUAAAAUUAGAAAUGUGCCCCAAGAUAUCAUUCUGACACCAGAUUUUGAUCCUGAUCCUGUAAUUAACGACCAUGCCUUGAAAAGCCAAAAGGAGAAAGUCAUUGGAAUGUUUGGUGGUAUCUCAGGUAACAUGGAUGUUCAGAAGUAUGGGACACUGCAAUUACUUCGGAAGAUGCGAGAUGAUACACUCCGUGAGCAUUUUGUGCUUGGAGAUCGAAGUGCUGAGUACGAAAUGGACAUUCAAACAAUCUUGACAGGUAUUUUACCUUUUCACAACUAA